UUAGCUACUCGGUGUAUUGUUUCGCAGAUGUGGGCAGCUCACUCCCGUCUGAGGCGAAAGGGCGGCGGUGGUUUGAAGUCGAGCUGGAGGAUGAGGAGAAACAUGUCGGUGUGAGGACACGUCGCCGUUGCGCCAGAGGGAAGCUCGUUGUAGCCAGCCAGGUGCGUCUCGUCAGCCACCUGCUAUCCUACUUCCCACCUUUACCGCCACUGUAGAGGGUAGCCAUGGCAACCAGCGCCGUGCCAAGUGACAACCUGCCAACGUACAAGCUGGUGGUGGUGGGGGAUGGGGGUGUCGGGAAAAGUGCCCUCACCAUCCAGUUUUUCCAGAAGAUCUUUGUGCCAGACUACGAUCCCACGAUUGAGGACUCAUAUCUUAAACACACAGAAAUAGACGGACAGUGGGCCAUACUGGACGUACUGGACACGGCCGGUCAGGAGGAGUUCAGUGCAAUGAGGGAGCAGUACAUGAGGACGGGAGACGGCUUCCUGAUCGUCUUCUCGGUGACGGACAAGGCCAGCUUUGAACACGUUGACCGAUUCCAUCAACUCAUACUACGGGUCAAAGACAGGGAGGCCUUCCCCAUGGUGCUGGUCGCAAACAAAGUGGACUUGGUCCACCUAAGAAAAGUCACAACUGACCAGGGGCAGGAGAUGGCUGCGAAGCAUAAUAUAACUUAUAUUGAAACCAGUGCCAAGGACCCCCCAAUGAACGUGGACAAAGCCUUUCAUGAACUGGUUCGUGUUAUAAGACAACAGGUCCCAGAGAGAAACCAGAAGAAGAAAAAGAAGAUGAAGUGGAGGGCGGAGCGUUCCACGGCCUCCCACAGGUUCCACUGCGCCAUAUUGUGACCAAGCUCGUCAUCUCCAUCAUCUAUCACACACUCGCGCACACACACACGCGCACACACAUGCACACCAACAAACCUUUGGAUGUCAGGGAACUCCCCAGCAGUGGUCAAACUACUGGAGCACAAAAGGGAUUGGGGGUUGGUUGAGGAAUGACUCAAUGGAUCCAGUAGGAUGAAAUCGAUCUGAAAUGUUGGACUCGGCCCUUCACGAUGCCUCGGACUGAGUGCUACGCCUGCCCCCCUCACUAUAUGGUCCUUUUCAAAGGUUUUUCUUCUUUCUUUGACAACCUCUCCCCAUCUGUACUCGUCCCUGAAAUACAUAGUAAAUUCAUAAAUUAGAUAACUAUGAAACGUGGCACAAGAUGACAAACUGUCCGGGAAAGACAGAGGUCAGAAUCACCUUGGACUUGGAACCUUUUGUCCUCUUGAGCAAGGGAAGGAAAAGCACCUUCAAUUCCGGUGGGAAACGCUCUGAUGUGAUGCCCGGAUAGGCCGGCUUUGGAUCUCUGUUCUCUUUCUGCAGAGUGGACGAAGCCGAGAGUGGUGACAAUAGAUGUUGUGCAGUGUCGUCGAUAAGUGGACGGUGAGCCCAGUGAGUAUAGUGAGCGUGAACAUUGUGGUCAUGUGGUUUUGAAAUGUCAGUUUGGAGGGCAGCAAGUGAAAGAAACGUGUCAUAUCUGUCAGUGAAUGCUACGAGCAGAUCAGCAAGUGAUUGUUAUUGUUAAAGGAGAAUAAUGGGACCGGUUGGCAUGACGACACUGAUCUGUUAAAGGCCUUGUUUACACUCUUACGCAGGACUAGUUUCUCACGUGUAAACAGACGGCACCAGGAGCCACUUUGUCUCUAAGUGUUUGACGGUUGGUUCGGUUGCCUCUUCAGUCGUCGUCGGUGAUGUAACGAGUGCAAUCUGUUAAGUACUGUACGAUCAGCUGUCCUGAUACUUUUCUUUUCCUCCCAUGUUUUUAUAGCUAAAAUAUUACAGAAAAAUAUAAUUAUAUUUGAUAUUAACAAACUGUGGCGAUGUAAACAAAUUCAGUGCUGUUUUACAGAAGAUCUCCAGGAAAGUCUUAAUGAAAUAGAAUAAGGGAUAACAAGAGCUUCGUGAUUUGCACUGGCCACUAACCAAAACCAUGUGAUGUCACUUUAUUUCAGUCUAGAGGCUGUUCAGACUGCACCGCUGAAUUCAGGACUACGUCAUAAGAUAAAUCUGUGUGAAGGGGGGUAAAAACGGUAACCUGGGAACGUGUCGGCGGCACGGCGCUCCCAGGGCUGAAAGCCAUGUUAGCUUAGCCACAGACCACGGUAGGUGUAGGGAAACUGCACACUAGAAGCAACAACACACUCAGUGAAUCGGUGCUCGUGGUCGUGGGGUGGAUAGGAAUGUACAGUUUAAUAAUCUACGAAAUGGCUCGUACUGUUAACGCACUAAAGUUUCAGCUGACACUUUGCUCUCUGGAUGAAUAUGGACUCUUGAAGGAAGGAGUGCAUCUUUUUUCUUUUUUUUUUUUCUUCUUUUUUUUUUGCACUUUUAAUACGAUUUCUCACUUUCCUAUUGGCAUGUCGUUUUCUUUCUGAAUCAGUAAUCAAAACGAGGAGCACGGUAACAACGUCUGAAUGUAAAAAUGGGAAAAUGAAGUGAGCUGGUUGGUGUUGUAACGCUGUGUGCCUGUUGCCUCCGUGGUGAUUGUACCAGACUAAAACUAGGAUGGGACUAAAAACAUUCAAAAGGUGUUUUUUUUUUUUUUUUUUUUUUAAAGUUCUGCGGUAUUCAGUUUUGAAUUUAAGAAGGCUGCCUGUGGAAAAAUCAUUUAUUAAAUGACAAAUUCACCUGAGCGUGGAAGUGGGAAUCGACCUCUGCAAAAGGAGGAAUACAACAUUGACAGUACUGAUCGACAUCUACUGUUCAAGGGACGCUUCAGAGUUUCCAGAGGACUCCAGCUAUUACAGAAGCAACAGACUCCAGGAAAAAAAGAAAUAACCGAAUGUGUUUGAAAAUGUUGCAUCAUGUGUGUUUGAUACCAUUUUGUAUUAUUGAUAUGAAUCGAUAUGAAUCUUGUGUGUUUUAUAAGGAAUUAAAUAAUUUAUUACUGUCUGUUACCUCAGUGUGUCCCAGACCUGGACAAAAAAAAAAGCUCCCCACUGUUUUUUUUUUUUUUUUGUUUUUUUUUGAGUUUAUCUUGGAGAUUCUUCACAUUUGAGUCUCAUAUUUUGGACCAAGAUGAAAAACCUGUUUGGUCCUGAGCUGGAAAGGCAUAAGGACCUCUGCUUUACUGGGUCCCAGAAAUUUUCCAAUUCCUGGUGAGGCUCGCGCUAAACUAAGCGAACUACCUGCUGGUAUCUGUUUUUUGUCCAGAAACAUUUAGUGAUUGCUGCCUUUCUCGGGUUGAUCAAAAUCGCUGAGGAAUCCUGAAAGGGCGAUCGUGAGUAAAUGAAGAGCUUCUGUUUGAAUUAUGUAACUGAUUUCAGUUUUAUACAUCCUGAAACUUUGUAAGUGAAUGAAAGUGGAAACUUUUACAUUUGGUUUACAAAAAAAGGAGUUUUCACAAGUUGUGUAGCGUGUUUUUUGGCAGGUCUGUUGUGUUCUAACUGGCUGUGUCAGACUGAGGAGCUAGACGAGGCACAAUCUGUCGCCGCCUUCUCUAGCCUCAGGGGUCGAUUAUAUUUCAAUAAAAAAAAUAACAGUA